GAAAAGGGAUUAUUAGCAUUGUUGAAUCUGUAAUGAAACUGGGAAUUUUUAUAAUUUGAAGUAGAUGAUAGUGUACCUUGGUUUUUGUGAAGAAAAAAAUAAAGAAAUUGCAAAGUACGACGAUUUACAUUCCAGAGAGAGAAAUUGUAGAAUACUAAUAAACCGAAAUAACACUGAAUUACAUUCAGGAUUUCUUCAAGAGUUGAAGAUCUUCCGACUGUAAAUCGAGAUGGUGUUGUCAAAAUUAGGGUUGAGCAUAUGUGAUGCGAUUCAGGAAUUGAUCGACGCCGCCGUCGUCGACGAUAAAGCUCUCGCCGAUUUCUUCGCCGGGAUUUCCGCCGCCCUCUCCGCCGCCGGUGUGGAAACCUCCAUCGUCGCUGACGUGAAAGUCAAAAUCGGAAAACCCAUCAAUCUCGAUAACCUGGCGAAUCGAAGCGAAGUUCGUGAUAAGCGCGAAAUCAUCUACCGAGCUGUGUUCGACGAGCUCUGCCGGAUUUUCCAUUCCGGUCCCAAACCUCCCUGCGUACCCGAAAAAGGCAAAACCAGUUUCGUAUUUUUCGCGGGUCGGGAAGAAUCGGGCAAAACGAUGGCGUUUCUGAAGUACGCUUAUUAUCACCAGAAGAAAGGUUGGAAACCUGCAAUUGUUUGUGCUGAUAAAUACAGUGUUCAAAAUGUUGCACUUCUUCAGCAGAUUGCUUCAAAAGAAGGUGAAAUCCCUAUCCAUUGUCCGUCAACAUACGAGAAAAGCGAUGCAAUUAAAAAUGCAGCUGAAGGUGUGAAGAAAUUCGUGACGGGAAAUCAUCAUGACCUUAUCAUUGUUGAUGUUUGUAUGGAUGAUUUGCCUCAGUAUUCAUUAGAUCCGAUACAGAAUCUUCUCAUCUGGGUUACGAAUAGUACUGUUGGUAGGGCGAUUAAGAUUCGUGCUGACUUCCAUGGAGGUGUGAUUCUUACUAGGAUGAAUAACCAUCCCCUGGAAGGCGGUUGUCUUUCUAAACUCGCAUCGGCAAAAUGCCCUGUCUUGUUCAUUGAUACGGGCGAAAAGAUGGAUGAGUUUGAAGCUUAUGAUGUGAAAGCAUUGGUGAAUAGCGUGUUAGGCAAUGGUUACUGGUCCGGUUUCAUGAGAGAAUUCGAGAAAUUCGUUCCAAAGGAUGAACAGCUCAAGCAUUUCCAAAAGGUUAGAGAUGAAGGGAAGUUCACAUUAAGGACAAUGCAGGAUCAGUUCCUAACCAUUCGUAAGUUUAUGUCCAUUACAGGGCGCUUACUGAAGCACCCCGCAUUUCAGUUUAGAAUGAAGCCUACAGAAGAAGCAGGGAGUGAACCAGAAAAGAUAACCAGUUACUUGGAAAUGAUGAAGGUUAUGAGUAGCCAAGAGUUGGAUAGUUCGGAUCCGAUUAAGUGGAUCAAUGAAGAUCGGAUCAAGGAGAUAGCAAAUGGUUCUGGCUAUGAAGUUGUUGAUGUAAAGAAGAUGUUGGAACAGCACAAUCACAUGGCGAACUUGUGGAGGGAAAUGGAGGGAAGAAGGAAACAGGAAGAUUAGGCCCCUUCUCGAUUAUGUUGAUAUAACAUUUUGUAGUUGAGAAUCUUGUGUUUACACCUUUUUAUCUUUAUUUGGUUGAAGAAAGUAUUAUAGACUUGUGUCCUGCUCUGUUAUAUCUAUAUUACAUAAAGAUUGGAAAAAG